AGCCUCACCUCUCUGUUUCUUCUGCAGUGUCACGAUGUCUGACAGGAAGGCAGUGAUCAAGAAUGCAGACAUGUCUGAGGACAUGCAACAGGAUGCUGUUGACUGCGCCACGCAGGCUAUGGAGAAAUACAAUAUAGAGAAGGACAUUGCUGCCUAUAUCAAGAAGGAAUUUGACAAGAAAUAUAAUCCUACCUGGCAUUGUAUCGUGGGCCGAAAUUUUGGCAGCUACGUCACACACGAGACAAAGCACUUCAUCUAUUUUUACUUGGGUCAAGUUGCAAUCCUCCUCUUCAAGUCGGGCUAGGUGGCUGUGGUGAAGGUGUCAGUGGCGGCGGCAGCGAUGGCGAGCAGGCGGCGUUGCCGGGACUGUUUUGCAUUGGGGCCAGCAGCAGGCUGUCCUCUCCAAUGGCUGUGCUACUGCAUGGACUGUAUACUCGAUUUCAUGUGUGCGUCUCAGUAAACAAAACCAAACUUCUUUCUGUUUAGUUGUCUGGGGAAGAAGGCUGCUUUACGUUUAUUUUUCAAGACUUAAAAAAAAAUUUUUUUUGGGUUGUAUUGCACUAGGAAGUUUCUCCCACCCUUCCUUUUUCUCUUUCUCUUCUCUCUCUUUACAAAAUAGCCCUCAACAAAGCCCAAAAGACUAGAAGGGCUGAGGAAAAGAGAUAGGACUCUGGAGGUGGAUCUAGAACUGUGCAGCUGCCUCUUCCCGGUGGUAGAUGCUGCUUUGGGAGGGCAGGGAGGCCUUGAGGGGACAGUGUUAGAAAUGGCAAGGAGAGAAGGAUAGAAAGGAGGGUGGGGGGACUGAUCUAGUACCAGGGAGAAUAUUCCAUUGAACUGUGAUUUUAUGGCUGGGGGCAGAGGGUGGGUGGGGUGGGUUCUCAAGGGGCCCUGCGAUGUGUCUGGUUGUGUGGGAGUGGGGAGCAGAAUUGUCUUGUUGUGUUUGUCAGGAGUUCUAAGUAAGGGCUGUGUCUUUGUGGAUUACCUUCUUUUAUGCUUCCUGCCAGAGAUCAUAUUAGGAGGAGGAUAUUGAGGGUAGAAUUAGCUUGACUUCUGGUUUUUCUUUACAUUCUUCUCUCCUGUCUGCUCCCUGCUUAGCCCUUGGUUUUCUCAUUCCUCUGAAGUUCUCUUAGAACAGCCCCUGUUGUUAGUUGGCUGGCAAGGGAAUUUCUGGUGACUGUAGUUCCUUAGGUCUUAGCAAUCAAACCAAAUCAAUGUCUCCCUCGAUUCUCCUUUGUGUUUGUUUGUUUGUGUGUGUGUGUGUGUGUGUGUGUGUGGGUGUGUGUGUGUGUGUGGGUGUGUGUGUGUGUGUGGGUUUGGGGGAGGGGGGAGGGGGCAAACAGGUGGAAUCUCUAGGGUUUAUGGGAAGUAGGAAGCACAGUUAGUUCUAAGUGGGCCUUUAUGUUAAACACCUCUGGGGGUGUCUAUUGGGGUGAAGACAAGUGUCACUGCCUCCUCAGUCAUUUAGCUCAGACACUAUUUGCCCUCUGGCUGUUUGCUCCCUGAGAAGGCUUUAGGAGGACCACAACAGGACAUGGCCAUGCUGCUGUCUGUCCUGAAGCUGGGUCCCAGUGGAGGGAAGUGAUUUUGGAUGG